AUGGCCUCGACUUCGGCAGGACAGAACUCGAAUGCCAAAUGUGAGUGUACGUACUGUGAUGGGUUCGAAAAGAAUGACUAGCCGAGCGCCGGCGACGAAGGGACGGCGACACACACAAAUCGAAUUUGUAGUGUUGUUGUGCGUCUGAUGUGCUCGUCGAGAAACGAUUGAGCACUCGUCCAGCCGGCGCGCGUUGGAGGGGAAGAAGGUGUACAGGAGCUCAUCUGGAAUGCAUGAAAGGAUUUGCCGCCCCACAACCUUAUUUUUUGCAGCCUCCGACUCUGGCUCGAACAACAACCGGGAACGUGAAAGAGAUCUGAAGCAGUUCACGGAACGAUUCGUCAAAAGUGAGUAAUGGUUCUUCGUCGCCCAUCUGUUCCCUCCUGCAUACACGCAAUUUCGUUCUUCCCCCACAAAUUAGGGUGUUGCUCCUCGCAUACAACAGCAGCAGCAGCCAGAAAUUAUACGCUUCACAAAGAGCAUUUUUUGUGCUGCCUGCCGUCGCCGCAGCCCGUCGGCCUCGCUCUUUUCCGCUCUCUCACGCCGCGUCGUCGCUCCACGCCGUGCUCGUUUCGCUCACUCACUGACUGACUCACGCGCGCCGCCGGCUCACAGGCUCAUGAGCACACUGCCUUCUUCUCCCUCUCGCUCGUCCCGGCGUCGUCGUCGUCCUCGGCGUCGUCGUUGGCGUCGUGCGAGUGAGGGUGAAAAAGGGAGCGCGCGUGAGUGUAUGUGCAUGGAAUAACGAGGAGUGAGUGACUGCUGUAGCUUGAAAUCGAAAAUUAAUCCCGAAACGCUUGAGAGGGUUCCCAUAGUAAUUCGGCGGGCGAUGAGAUGAGCAUGUGAGAGCGAGAAAAGGAAAACGAGAAUGAAGAGAGGGCCAUUGGAAAGGGUUGCGAAGGGAUCCGAACGAAUUGAUUUCAGCCGUGCAAUUUCCCGUUUCGGAACGACUCUCAGUCGAUCAGGUUUAUGAUCGGCGGACAGGAAAACCGAGACAUGAAGUGCUUCGCGAUCAUUUCAUCAAGGUAUGUCUUUUCAGAAUUCAUAAAGAUUACGAAAUGUUUGACGUCUUAUUGAUAUAAAAAAAAACAUUUUGACUCAUGACAAAUUUUCGAAACAUAUCCUUUAUAUGGUACUGUACUGAAUUUCAGGAGGGGAGGAUAGAAGAGGAAGCGGCGAUCCGAGUCAUCCAGGAAUGCACGGGCCUCUUCCGCAACGAGAAGACGAUGCUCGACAUUGAGGCGCCGGUUACAGUCUGCGGAGACAUCCACGGUCAAUUCUACGAUCUCAUGAAAUUGUUCGAAGUUGGUGGAUCUCCUGCCACCACCAAGUAUCUCUUCCUGGGUGACUAUGUCGACAGAGGGUACUUCUCCAUUGAAUGCGUUCUCUACUUGUGGGCGCUCAAGAUCUGCUAUCCGAGCACACUUUUUCUGUUGCGAGGAAACCACGAAUGUCGGCAUUUGACCGAGUAUUUCACAUUCAAGCAGGAGUGCAAGAUCAAGUACUCCGAGAGAGUCUACGACGUCUGCAUGGAGUCAUUUGACGCCCUGCCGCUCGCUGCUCUCAUGAACCAGCAGUUCUUGUGUGUCCACGGAGGACUUUCCCCCGAAAUCCACACUUUGGAGGACAUCAAGAGGGUGAGAUUAAAUAUUCACAAGAAAAUUAUCUGAACAUGAGACUUUUUCAGCUCGACAGAUUCAAGGAGCCACCGGCAUUCGGUCCGAUGUGCGACCUUCUGUGGUCGGAUCCACUGGAGGACUUUGGAAACGAAAGGAAUUCGGAGCAAUUUAGUCACAAUUCGGUUAGAGGAUGCUCUUACUUCUAUAGCUAUGCUGCGUGCUGCGACUUUCUGCAACACAACAACCUGCUUUCGAUCAUUCGAGCUCACGAAGCGCAGGAUGCCGGGUAGGAGCCCCCUCAUUCAUAUCUUCCUAAUCUGCCCGUCUUAUUUUCCAGAUACCGCAUGUACCGCAAAUCUCAAGCCACGGGCUUCCCGUCGCUUAUCACCAUCUUUAGCGCUCCGAAUUAUUUGGAUGUAUACAACAACAAAGGUGCGGAGGCGGAAAGGGAUUGAGGGGAUUGAAACGAGCGUUUCCAUUUUCAGCUGCUAUCCUGAAGUACGAGAAUAACGUGAUGAACAUCAGACAGUUCAACUGCAGCCCGCAUCCGUACUGGCUGCCCAACUUCAUGGACGUCUUCACGUGGUCUCUGCCAUUCGUGGGAGAGAAGGGUAAGAAUCCGUGGACGCGAUCGGGAAUGACUCUUCGAACUCUCCACUUUCAGUGACCGAAAUGCUCGUGCACAUUUUGAAUAUCUGCUCGGACGACGAGCUGAUGGCCGAGUGCGACGACACUUUCGAAGGUAAGUGUGUUCGGGAUCCACUUGGUUCGGGGCUCUGUGCUGCGUUAGACGUGGGCGGAUCCGGAAAAGCGCGAUCUGCCCCCUCACCAAAUCUAUCUUCUACUGUCUUCUUUGUGUACUUUCAAUGAUUUUGUCUUGUGCCCGGCUCCAUAGGAAUUCAAGAGAAUACAUGUGUUUUUUGCUCGAUCUAUUUGAUAUAUAUAUAUUGACUGAAGAACCCUUGUUUCCUGCUGCGAACCCGGAGACGAAGAGAGAAAUGACGAUUCUGCGAGUCGGUGUUGUGUGUCCGUUACCGUUCUCUCUCUCUUUCUCCUACUCUCUUUCACUUGCGCCUCUCUCUCUCUCUCUCUCUCUCUCUCUCUCUCUCUCUCUCUCUCUUUCUCUUUCUCUUUCUCUCUCUUUCUCUCUUUUCAAUAUAUACUCUGAUUGUUGUGUAACUUUUGGGCAUAAAUACCGACGAGAAAGGAGAAGAAGAAGACGAAGAGGAAGGAAAUGAGGCAAAGUGGGUGCGCAGCGGGUGGCAUGAAAGUGUGCUGACGGACUGAAACGACGUAGGCGUGUGCGUGUGUGAGAUGCCGUUUUAAUUUUGGUUCUCAACGGCUUCAUUGUCAUCAGAAAGUUCGAGAGAAAAAAAAACGAAAAACGCAUGUAUGACCUUGAGACAGAGAGCCGAAACACCCCGAUUGUCUUCGUUCCCCAGUGUUGCUGCAGACUUUAGUCCUUCCCUCAAUCGAAAGACAAAUUCAUUUCUUGUCCUUUUUCCAAGUGUUGAGCCGUCCGUUUUCUUAACCGCACGCGCCUUACUUUAGGGCCUUUUGACAUGAAAAAUUUCUGAAAGUGUCUCUCUCUCACUCAUUUCAUUCUCUCUCUCUCUCUCUCUCUCUCUCUCUUUCUCAUUCUCUAAUGAACAUCUUUUUAAGGAGCCGAUGGUAAGUGGAUGAAAGACAUGAAACCCACCACUGGUGACGUAUGUUUAUUGAUGAACUUAGUUCGGUUUUUCAUUUCCAAUCCAGUCUCGACCCACUUAGAUUUCGGGGGUUUCACUGAUGGUGACGGACGCUUUUCUUGGCGCUUUUACUUAAGUUUUGCUUCAAUCUAAACGACUGUUUUAUUUUUUUGGUUUUGGUUCGGUCUUGGCUGCAAAAUGAUCAUAUCUAACUGCUUUUUUCCUGUUUUUUUCCAGCUGUUUCCGCUUGUGUUUGCAUGCAAUACAUGUCGAUUUUCCCUUCCCGUUCGUUUGAUUGGAAAUGAUGCUUUUCCUGUGUUAAUCAGUCCGAAAAUGGAAAGAAAUUUUGUGAUAUCUAGCUGCAGAGAUCUUUCACUUGGUUUCUCCCCGAACCGCAGACGGAAAUCCUUUUGGUGGAGGUUGAUACUUUCUAGAUCGCGCCCCGACACUAUUAGAUUUUUUCACCUUUUAGUACUCGAACAUUGACUUGCAAAUGGCUUUUUUGACACUCUUUUGGGAUCUAUUGAUUGGUGGUUGCCAGUGAAUGGUCUCUUCUUUCCGAGAACACUUUACCGAUCCUAAAAAUAAUUUCAGGAGGAGUGCCGUCCGCCAGGAAGGAGGUCAUCCGACACAAGAUCCGUGCGAUCGGAAAGAUGGCCAGAGCCUUCUCAGUUCUUCGGUGAGUCCCAAUUUCGAACGGAAGCAUGCGCUCCCUUCUUUGUACUAAUUGUGCCGAGAACAAUAACAUAUUCAUGUUUACAUGUGGCUCUGUUUUCAGCGAGGAGAGCGAGAGUGUGCUCGCACUGAAGGGACUCACCCCGACUGGAGCACUUCCGAUGGGCACUUUGCAGGGCGGAGUGCGUGGAGUCAGAGAAGGUUUGUUUGUCCGUCAGUCGCAGAAAAGGUCCCUCUUUUGAGUCCGAUCCGUCUGUCCGUCAAAGUGUGGAUUACCCUAAUAGAUAUGCAUACUCACUCACUGACAUCCAGUGCAUUUUCGGAAUAAGUACGAGAAAUCCACGUUUUGACAGACAUGAAAGCGAGUCGGUGCUGCAGUUGAAAGGCCUGAAUCCGGGCGGAAAACUGCCUCAAGGCGCUCUUUCGGAAGGACGGACAGGGCUCGAAGCUUGUAAGAUGGAGAAAGGUCUGAUGCAUUUAGUAAUAUCUCACCUCAACAUUAACCCAUUUUAAGUAUACUUUAAAAAUUAGUUAUUUUCCAUUGUAUAGAGCUGCAAAAGUUUCUGAAGGGGUUUCGGAAUAAUUAUUUUAACUUGUGGCGAAAAGUAGUUUGAAAGUACGCCACCCAUUUAUGUAUGGAAAUAGUCAAGCCUUAGGCAUAGUCGCUCUACAUGGAUUUCCAUCAACCUGAACAUUGCCUCUCGACUGAAAAUGUAUAGUUGCAGCCUUGUCCGGCGUGGAACCGGGCCACCAGAUCCAGUCGUUCGAAGAGGCGCGACGUCUCGAUAAGAUCAAUGAACGGAUGCCGCCGACGAUGGCGACUCCGCCGGCUCAGUCGCCGAGCCAGUCGCCGGUGCCGUCGCGACAGACGACUCCGCAGCCGCCACCGCCGCAGAACGGACCGUCCAGCCACUCUUCAUAG